AUGGGGGCCGGUGGUUCCACGGAGGAGAUCGUCAGCACCGACAUGCACCACUGGUAUGCCAAGUUUAUGCGUGAGUGCCCUUCUGGACAGCUCUGCUUGCACGAAUUCAAAUCUCUCCUGGGGCUGCAGAAUCUGAAUCCUCAGGCGAAAUGGUACGUUGACCAGGUGUUCCACACUUUUGACUUGAAUAAGGAUGGAUUUAUUGAUUAUUUAGAGUACAUCGCUGCCAUCAAUCUGGUUAUACAAGGGAAAAUAGACCAAAAACUGAAGUGGUAUUUUAAGCUCUACGAUGCGGAUGGAAAUGGCUCGAUCGAUAAGAAGGAGCUGCUGAGCAUUUUCACGGCUGUGAAGGCUAUCAACGGCCAGCAGACUAUGAGUGCGGAAGAAUUCACGGCCACCGUGUUUCAGAAGAUCGACGUGAAUGAUGACGGGGAGUUGACUUUAGAGGAGUUCCUCAGUGGCAUCGAGAAAGACCGGGACCUCCUGGAGUUGAUCUCCAAGAGCUUCGACCUUUCCAACGUCCUGAAAGUGAUCCGGGAUGGGGGCCACGCCGCGCCUGAGAUUCUGGCUGCGGAUUGA